GUUCCUUGUUGGCAAGAGCUUUCUUCAUCGGCUGCAUGCCCCCCGCCUUCCUUCCGUCAUAUUCCGUUGCUACCUGAUUAUAGAAAGUACGAUAGAUUUGAACGAUUGUUCCUUUAUGCGGGUCAUUUCUUUUUAGACACUGGUGACCGAACAACGAGAACCAUCCGGCCUUUUUUUGUUUCCCCAUUUCGCCCUUGUAACAUUGUCCGCAUGUUAUGGCCGAGCACCAACUCCACUGGUUCACUGCAGGGACAAACGACGUUCAUGCAGUAUCGGCUCUUAUUGGCGGGUUUAUUUUGAUAUUUGGCUUCGUCUCCCUUAUUGUAAAGGAGCGACUGUAUCUAUCCGAAUCGCUUGUUGCAACAAUCGUGGGAAUCAUCAUUGGCCCUGUGGGAAUCAAUUUACUGGAUCCAUACCUAUGGGCGGGAGAGAUCCAGAAUAUCACCCUGGCAUUCACAGAGUUUGCCAUAGCUAUUCAGGUUAUGACGGCUGCUGUUGGACUGCCAAGGAAAUUUUGGAAAACACAAUGGCCGAGUCUUGCGGUACUUUACGGUCCGGUCAUCAUUUGGAUGUGGCUGGUCGUCGCCCUGUUGAUCUGGUUGAUAUUGAGAGUAGAUUGGACACAUGCGAUGAUCCUCGCGGCGUGUACUGCGCCAACCGAUCCGAUUUUGGCCAAUUCGAUCGUUGCUGGUCGUUUCGCUGAAAAGUACAUCUCUGUUCCCAUACGCGAACUUUUGUCUGGAGAGAGUGCGGCGAAUGACGGGCUGGCGCUCCCGUUUUUCAAGUUGGGAAUCUUGCUAUUGCAGUACCCUAGAGGGAAGGCGUGGGGAACUUGGUUUUACCGAGUUUGGCUAUACGAAGUCGGAGUCGGUGUACUAUUUGGUGCGGUGGUUGGAUAUCUCGCUAAAGCUGCGUUACGAUUCUCCGAGAAGCGUAAUUAUAUUGACAAACGAAGUUUCCUAUCUGUUGAGAUCGCUCUGGCUACCUUUAUACUUGGAAUGUCGGCGAUGUUUGAUCUCGCCAGCUUCUUGGCGGUCUUUAUGGCCGGUCUUGUAUUUGCAUGGGACGGAUGGUUUACCGAGGAAACUGAGGAAGCGCAUGUGCAAGAAGUUGUGGAUAAUCUAAUUAAUCUGACUUUCUUUAUCUAUUUUGGGACGAUUAUCCCCUGGGCGACAUUCACUACUUUACUCUCCCUUCCGCGCUUGAUUCUUCUUGCUAUUACCCUCCUCGCCCUGCGCCGACUUCCAGUUGUUUUGGCCUUACAUGUAUUCAUGCGACCCCCAUUAUAUACCAUCCGUGAUGCUCUUCUGGUUGGACACUUUGGUCCCCUUGGCGUUGGGGCUGUGUGGUAUAUGGCGUAUGCGCAUAAACAGGGAGUUUUCACGGAGCAGCAUGUUAGCGUGAUCAUGUUUCUCGUGUUUUGUUCGGUGGUUGUAUAUGGUAUUACGGCACCGUUGAUGCAUGGGAUGAUCAGAACCUUGAGUGUUGUGAGGGUAUACAGCGGAAGAACUUUGAGUGCUGGAGGGGAUAGAGGUGUAGCAGCAUGGCCUUCAGGGGUUCCAAUGUCCGUGACAGCCAUCUCAGGACCCAUUAUCCCACCCAGUGAACAGCUGGAUGUCGCAGCACACCAAGGACCAAACGACAGCGCGAAUACAAUCACGACUACACCAGACGAUUCGCCAGCACCACCCGGAAUUCUCAUUGUCAAACCUACUUCCACCACUACUUCAUCCACACCUUCCACCCCAACUGCAGACAAAUUCACCGGCCUGACACCCAAUGGAAAUGGUAUUCACAUCCCACCACCCUCUGAUCCAGCCAUUGUCAUACACGAGACCAUUCAUAUCGAUACUCCGGCGUCGUCGCGACCAUCUACACCGGGUCCCAGGCAAGGUGAACUGGGAAUACCUCCGGGUGCACCCCAAGACUUGCGAAUUGCAUCGGACGAUGAGGGAGCUGAAUUGGAUGAGAGCGGACAUUUAGUUGACGUGGGAGUCAGAUUCAGAAGAUUUGACACGCGGUAGUGCCUUUAAAGAACGUUGGCGAGGACACAUCUGGACUCUUGCGAUCAUCUGUAAUUUAUCUUAUUAUUAUGCUUCUAUUCUUUUCUUUUCACAACUCUUGAACCAUGUUUUUGUGUGAACCAUUCCCCUGACAUUUCGGCCAGAGAUGUGCAGCACAAUAGAGUGUGAUAAAAUCUCAUUAAUAUUACAACAAAAGAAAAAAAC